AGAGAGAAAGAGAGAGAGAUACAGACAGAGAGACACACACAGAGAGAACCCGGUACUGAAACACACCUUCGUACUAUAAGUGAAGAGCUGAAGCUCGAAGCGACGAAGGAAAGAGGAGGAGAGAGGAGGAGGAGAGAGGAGGAGGAGGACAGCGGAGGAAGAGGAGGAGAGAGGAGGACGGUUUGAAAGCGAACAGCUUGCAGAAGGGGCAGGUGGAAGUGAACGUGAACCCACCUCCGCUUGGCGGUCUACAGAACGGACCUCGGUGGAAAACCGGUUUUAACCUCAAUUGAGAAUUAAUUUAUAAACAAAACAAGAAAAACUACAUGAAUCUCGGCUGUCCGUAGGAAGUCGCCCCCCUGCAGCAAGACAAAUGGAAGACGCUCACACUAAAUCCGCGUCCGAAGUUUUAAAGCACUUCGACGUGAACGAAAACACCGGACUGACGACGGAACAAGUCAAAGCCAAUUUCGAGAAAUAUGGACCGAACGAACUCCCAGCAGAGGAAGGGAAGUCUCUCUGGGAGCUGGUGGUGGAGCAGUUUGAGGAUCUCCUUGUCAGAAUUCUACUGCUCGCUGCCUGUGUGUCAUUCGUGCUGGCACUGUUUGAGGAUGGCGAGGAGUCCACUACAGCUUUUGUGGAGCCUGUAGUCAUCCUGCUCAUCCUGGUCGCCAAUGCGGUCAUUGGAGUUUGGCAGGAGCGUAAUGCGGAGAGUGCCAUUGAAGCUCUGAAAGAGUACGAGCCAGAGAUGGGCAAAGUGUACCGCAUGAACCGCAAGGCCGUGCAGAGAAUCAAGGCUCGGGAUAUUGUGCCAGGAGACAUUGUGGAGGUGGCAGUUGGAGACCAGGUGCCUGCUGAUAUCCGUAUCGUCUCUAUAAAAUCCACUACUCUCCGAGUGGACCAGUCCAUCCUCACAGGCGAGUCUGUAUCUGUUAUCAAACACACUGACCCAGUGCCUGAUCCACGUGCGGUUAAUCAAGACAAGAAGAACAUGUUGUUUUCUGGCACCAACAUCGCUUCUGGCCGAGCCAUUGGCGUCGUGGUCUGCACCGGCGUCGCCACAGAGAUCGGCAAGAUCCGUAACCAGAUGGCGAGCACGGAGCAAGAGAGGACACCGCUGCAGCAGAAGCUGGACGAGUUCAGCCAGCAGCUCUCCAAAGUCAUCUCGCUCAUCUGCAUCGCAGUUUGGCUCAUCAACAUCGGCCACUUCAGCGACCCCGUGCACGGCGGCUCCUGGUUCCGAGGCGCCAUCUAUUACUUCAAGAUCGCUGUGGCCCUUGCCGUCGCCGCCAUCCCCGAGGGUCUUCCCGCCGUCAUCACCACCUGCCUGGCUCUGGGAACACGCCGCAUGGCCAAGAAGAACGCCAUCGUGCGCUCGCUGCCCUCUGUGGAGACUUUGGGCUGCACGUCAGUCAUCUGCUCUGACAAGACAGGAACACUUACGACCAAUCAGAUGUCUGUGUGCAGGAUGUUUGUGGUAGACAAAGCAGAUGACUCCCACUGUUCUCUCCAUGAGUUCACCAUCACAGGCUCAACCUAUGCUCCAGAAGGACAAGUGCUGAAAGCUGAUAAACCUGUGAGGUGUGCCGAGUAUGACGGCCUCGUCGAACUGGCCACGAUCUGCUCCAUGUGUAAUGAUUCUUCUCUGGACUUCAAUGAGGCAAAAGGAGUCUACGAGAAGGUGGGUGAAGCCACAGAGACGGCGCUCACCACCUUGGUGGAGAAGAUGAACGUCUUCAGUACCGACUUGACCUCCAUCAGCAAAGUGGAGAGGGCAGGAGUUUGUAACGGGGUAAUCAGGAACCUGAUGAAGAAGGAGUUCACCCUGGAGUUUUCUCGGGACAGGAAGUCCAUGUCUGUGUACUGCACACCAACUAAAGGCCCCCAGAGCAAGAUGUUUGUUAAGGGAGCGCCGGAGAGCGUGAUCGAGCGCUGUACACACGUGCGGGUGGGCACGAAGAAGGUGGCGCUGACAAUGGCUGUGAAGGAAGAGCUGAUGGGGACGAUCAGGGACUGGGGCACAGGCAAGGACACACUGCGCUGUCUGGCACUGGCCACACGAGACACACCUCUUCGCAGGGAACAGAUGGACCUGGAGAACUCGGCCAAGUUCGCAGCGUACGAGUCGGACCUAACCUUCGUCGGUUGCGUGGGCAUGCUGGACCCACCUAGGAAGGAGGUGAUCGGCUCAGUGAAGCUGUGCAGCGAUGCAGGCAUCCGCGUCAUCAUGAUCACAGGAGACAACAAGGGCACGGCUGUAGCCAUCUGCAGGCGCAUCGGGAUCUUCCAGGAGAACGAGGACGUAGAGGGCAAGGCGUACACGGGCCGCGAGUUCGAUGACCUCUCCCUUGAGUCGCAGCGAGAGGCGGUGAAAUGUGCGCGCUGCUUUGCUCGCGUCGAACCCGCACACAAAUCCAAGAUUGUGGCCUACUUGCAGUCCUUUGAUGAGAUUACAGCCAUGACCGGUGACGGUGUGAACGACGCUCCAGCUCUGAAGAAGGCAGAAAUUGGCAUCGCCAUGGGCUCAGGCACGGCCGUGGCCAAGUCCGCCUCCGAGAUGGUGCUCUCUGACGACAACUUCUCCACUAUCGUGGCCGCUGUGGAGGAGGGCCGAGCCAUCUACAACAACAUGAAGCAGUUCAUCCGCUACCUCAUCUCCUCCAACGUGGGUGAGGUCGUCUGCAUCUUUCUGACUGCCAUCCUGGGGCUUCCUGAGGCUUUGAUCCCUGUACAGCUGCUGUGGGUCAAUCUGGUAACAGACGGCCUGCCUGCCACAGCGCUGGGCUUCAACCCCCCAGACCUGGACAUCAUGGUGAAGCCUCCUCGCAACCCCAAAGAGCCGCUAAUCUCCGGCUGGCUCUUCUUCAGAUACCUCGCCAUCGGAGGGUAUGUGGGACUGGGAACAGUGAGUGCUGCCACCUGGUGGUACCUUUAUGAUGAAGAUGGUCCACAAGUGUCUUUCCACCAGCUGCGUCACUUCAUGCAGUGCACCGAGGACAAUCCCAUGUUCGACGGCAUCAACUGUGAAGUGUUCGAGUCUCGCUACCCCACCACCAUGGCCCUGUCUGUGCUCGUCACUAUAGAGAUGUUUAACGCACUGAACAGUCUUUCAGAAAACCAGUCUCUGCUGAGGAUGCCUCCAUGGGUUAAUAUCUGGCUUUUAGGAGCCAUCCUUCUCUCCCUGUCUCUCCAUUUCCUCAUAUUGUAUGUGGAGCCACUACCACUGAUAUUUCAGGUCACUCCUCUCUGCUGCUCCCAGUGGCUCGUCGUCCUCAAGAUCUCCUUCCCGGUCAUCCUCUUGGACGAGGCGCUCAAGUUCUUCUCCCGACACCAUUUAGGGGAAGAGGAGGCGAGGUACAUGAAGGGUCGGCAGCUGAAGUUCUAGGACGGCUCAUCCUGCUCCAGCGCACACACUCGGACACGCACACACACUCACUCUGUUUUCCACUGUUUCCCAUGAUAUACCGGGCAGCACUCACACACUCCUGAUUGUCUCUCUUCUCCAAAUCAUCGUACCUGCAGGCCUGGUCACCACUAGAAACAAACUGGGCAGAGAGAGUGCGUCGUGAGUGAGCGAGAGCGUCUGUGUGCGAGAGAGCGUGUUGAGUGAGCGAGAGCGUCUGUGUGCGAGAGAGCGUGUUGAGUGAGCGAGAGCGUAUGUGUGCGAGAGCGUCUGUGUGCGAGAGCGACUGUGUGCGAGAGCGUCUGUGUGCGAGAGCGCCUGUUGUGUGAGCGAGAGCGUCUGUGUGCGAGAGCGUCUGUGUGCGAGAGCGCCUGUUGUGUGAGCGAGAGCGUAUGUGUGCGAGAGCGCCUGUUGUGUGAGCGAGAGCGUCUGUGUGCGAGAGCGUCUGUGUGCGAGAGCGCGUGUUGUGUGAGCGAGAGCGUCUGUGUGCGAGAGCGUCUGUGUGCGAGAGCGUCUGUGUGCGAGAGCGUCUGUGUGCGAGAGCGCCUGUUGUGUGAGCGAGAGCGUCUGUGUGCGAGAGCGUCUGUGUGCGAGAGCGCCUGUGUGCGAGAGCGCCUGUGUGCGAGAGCGCGUGUUGUGUGAGCGAGAGCGCGUGUUGUGUGCGAGAGAGCGUGUUGUGUGAGCGAGAGCGUCUGUGUGCGAGAGCGUCUGUGUGCGAGAGCGCGUGUUGUGUGAGCGAGAGCGUCUGUGUGCGAGAGCGCGUGUUUUGUGAGCAAGAGCGUGUUGUGUGAGCAAGAGCGUCUGUGUGCGAGAGAGCAUGUUGUGUGAGCGAGAGCGUCUGUGUGCGAGAGCGUAUGUGUGCGAGAGAGCCUGUUGUGUGUGCGAGAUCCUCCGAGUGAGCGAGUGUUUGAGGGAGCAAGCGAGUGUGUGUGUGUGUGUGUGUGUGUGCACCUGUGUGUGUAUGUGUGUGUUGUCUUGUAACAGCACAAGCAUGGCCUCCAUAACACAACGUUGCAUGUUAAACUGUAAAAGUUCAUUAAGGACUCUCUUUUAUUUGGCUUCUUGUUGGCUUCCAUGCAGUAGAUAUUAGUGCAAUAACCAGACCUGGAACUUAGAGCGCGGAGGAAAAGGUCAGAGUUGAAAAGUCGUGUGGUGUUUUGUUUGAGGAAUUAUGGGUCUGGAUCCAGUUCAAGACGCAGAUGGACGGUUCAUUCCAUCACCGAGCCGUAGGAGGUGCAGGAAGAGAAACACCAUCUGGACAGCUGUGUGUGUGUGUGUGUGUGUGUGUGUGUGUGUGUGUGUGUGUGUGUGUGUGUGUGUGUGUGUGUGUGUGUGUGUGUGCUGGGACAGAUGCAAGGCCAGUUUAAUUGACUAGUCACCUGUUGUCUCACCAUGUAAAUCUUUUGUGUAAGGCUCACGUCCAGAGGUCACAUCCCCUCCAUGUUGAAACGGAAGCUUUAAUGUCCCUUUUUUAAUAUAAUCUUGUGAAAUAAAACGAUUCAUGUAGAAAUUUAUUUUGGACACCCCAAAUUGCCUCUGCUGGUAAAAUGGCUAAUGGUUAAUGUAAAUAUUAGCUCAGGUGGUGACAAUCGAAAUGUUCCUGGUCUCGGCUUUAUGAAACAUUGCUGAGUACCGAAAAAGAUGGAAACGUGUCCCUCACGUCUCAUCCUCAAUAUUGCUCAAAAGCUUUGUAGUUAAUGACUCUCGGCUACUUUCUCGGUUUCCCUCCAUUUUUACAGACGAACAGCUCCAGAGACUCCACAGGCCCGAGUUAGUGAUGUUUACACACAAGAACGUCUUUGUUUUAUUUCCUCGCUCUGAGACGUCCUGCUCGUCCCAUCGCCUGCGUUUUCUCGGGAAUCGUGCCGAGGAGUCGUUUUAACCGAUUCACUCGGGUCCUUCUCUCGUUCGCCAUUUCACUCGAAUUUCUCACGAACACUAGUCACCAGGAGCUGCUAGCAAACCCAUUUCCACCGAGAAGGAUUUUUUACUCGGAUUCCUGUUAGGAAGUGAGAGAAAGUGGGCGUGGAGAUGUAAGGAAAUCAGACAGUAGAGCAGAACAGUACAAGAAGAAUCAGCUUGUAUAAAGAAUACCUGAGGCCUUUUAUUGCUAAGAUAGGAAAAUGCGCACACACACACGCACACACACACACACGCACGCACACACACACACACAGGUGGUAGGUCAGGGUGCCUCUUUGCUUUCAACUAACCUUUAAAACGAAACACACAUUUAAAUAUUUCAGAGCUUAUGAAUGUACGUUCCCUUCCUUAUGAAUGCGAAGAUUCUUUUGUUUAUUUGUUUUUUUUAAACCGCUCUGUUUCUGCUCGUAUCUUUUUCGUUCUCAUUUCAACCACAUGUCGUGGAGGAAAAAAUGGAAUUUAGUUCAACACUCACAGGCUCGCCGCCUCCUCCAGUGCUUCUCCAACCUCGCUACACGUUUAUUAGAAUACUUUCAAUUGAAUAUCGAUGAUGAUGAUGAUGAUGAUGAUGAUGAUAAUGAUAAUGAUGAUGAUAAUAAUACAAAUAAUAAUGUAUUUGACUGAAAGAACCCAGGUGGUUUAUUUAGCUUGUCCAUUUUGCGGUCCAAGGUGUAACGCUCUCACUGUCUGUUGAUUAUGGGCCUCUGUGUGUUUGUGUGUGUGUGUGUGUGUGUGUGUGUGCGUGCAGGGAUUUAGCAGAGCAGCUACUUCUGUUGCCUAUGUGCCACUAUGUUGACCUUGAUAAUCUAGAUAUUGGGAGAUGCGAUGUACUAUCUGUCCAAGUCUUGAUGCACUUCUCAUCGUGGCAGAUGUGCUUAUGUGAAACGUAUAGCCUACAGUGUGCCGGCGGCCGUUUUAGAAAACAAACUAAACAUUUUGACUAGAAACUUCAGGCAUCAUCUACACAGAGGUCCGUUUGUGUAGUGAACAAGUUGUGUACAACCCGCAACCCGACAUAACGGCAAUAAGGCCUCGUCCCCUCACUGUGGCUACACAAACCACUGGCAGUCCAAGCAACAGAACCAAUGGGCUUGUACAGCCUUAUUAAUUACUACUGAUCUCUUUCCAGUCUGUACAGCAGAAAAAAAAGAUUGCAUGGAAACUUGUUACUGUAAUUAAUAACCUAUACAGUAUGUAAUAUUUAAGUUUUUUUUUUUUUUUAAGAAACCAAAAAAAAAAAACUUAACCUAUUUACCAGCAGCAAAAGAAACGAGUGAUUUAUUAUUAUUAUUUUUUUUUUUCUCUCCAAGGACGUGGCAUCAAGGGAUAAUGUUCUGUUUUAUUUCUAGCAGAGUUUGCUUAUUAACUGUUUGCUUUUAAAGGUUGAUGGAAAUCUUUUACUUAUUUCUUUCGUGCUUGAAAUGUUGUAAAAUAAAGUUAAGAAUCAUGCUAAUAAUAUUUGAGGAUUUCUUUUAUUUUCUUUUUUUUCUUUUUUUUUCUUUUUAACAGAAAGUUGGUUUGAGAAUAGCUGAGAUCUUGUUUUUUUUCCCCCCUCCAGAUCCGUUCAGCCCCUGUUCACUUCGCUCCCUUUAAAAAAAAAAGAAAAAAAAGAUUUGUAUUUAAAGUAAAAAUGGUACAUCUAUUAUAAGCUCAAGCAAAGCACCUAGAUACAGAGUUAGCAAAAGAACCACUUUUAAAUCCGUAUAUAUAAUUAUUUAUUAUUUUUAUCUGACACACAGGGGAUUCAUGAGCAGGGGCUGAUUUGAGAUUAGACACAGAUUUGAGUUUACACAGGCCAAUGUUGAAUGCUGGGUUAUGAAGUCUUUAACAUGUGUACGUGUGUUUGAAGGGCUUGCGGGUGGGUACAGUGGCUCCAGAGGCCUGGGAUUGUAAUUGUGUACCCGUGUACGUGGUUAAUCCGAAUAAAGCAACGUCUAAUUUAUUAUUUUAUUCAUGGAUUGAUGCUUGUUAAUUAUUCAUUCAUCAGAUUUUCUGCUGUAAAAGAGAUUCCUGAGCUUUUUUUUAUUUUUUUUUUUAUCAAGAGACCUUCUGCUCUAGUAAAGACAUCAUAUACUGUAGACUGCUGUCUGACUGUCGAGCUUUACCUGGCAACCCUGUUUUAUUUGCCUAGUUCCUAUUCAGCAGCAUCUGGAGCCUUGUACCCACUACUGAGCACAGAAUUUCUGCAUUGCAUUGGUAAUAUUGAUUGUGCAUACAUAAUUUUAUAUAUAUGAAAACGACAUGGAAAUAAUAAAGAUUAUUUAUCUUGUUAUUUA